AUGGGAUCGCUCUUUGAUCUCAAGCCGGUGACGUCCAUUAGCGAUGUCAAGGGUUUGCGUGAGCUGCACGAGACGGUUACAGUCAGAAUAAGGAACCUGAAGAGCCUCGGAGUCACGCUGAGCCAGUACGCGAUUGCCGUUCGUGAGGCUGUCCUGCGGAAGAUCCCCAAGGAACUCGAAUUGGAAUACUAUAAACAGAAGGAUGAAGAGUCGACUGUUGACACACUGACAUCUCUUCUGGACUUCCUUGAGACUGAGAUUGAGUGCCGCGAGCGAGUUCGACGUUCAGCGGAGGACGUUCCCCUUCCGAAACGCAGGGCACCCUUAACACCUUCUGCGUCGUCACUUACGGCCAAUGCGACGGACUCUUCAUGCAUCUUAUGCAAGUCCUCCCAGCAUCUUCUGGAAAGCUGUGACAGAGGGCUGAGUCCAGAUGAAAUCAGAAAUACCCUACGUCGCGAAGGUUGUUGUUUCCUCUGUGGAAAGAAGGGCCACCGCUCCAAGGACUGCCGUGUCUGCUGGAAGCUCCGAUGUGGACGCUGUCACAGGCGACAUCUCACUCAGCUAUGCCUGGGCUCGUCGAGGACUGAACAGCCUGCCGCCUCCAAUCCCUCUUCUGCGCUUGCCGCCACUACCUCCACCGAAAACGUUGUGACGUCCUUGUCGUCAUCAACUAUUUUUUCAUCUCCACGCUCUGAGGUACUGCUGCAAACUGCUAAGGUGUGGCUCGAAGGAAGCAACGGCCGGAGGAUCCUAGCCAGAAUCCUUCUCGACGGUGGCAGCCAGCGUAGUUUCAUCUGUCAAGAAGUAGCGACGAAGAUCGGGUGCAACAUGAUCAGAACCGAAAAUUUGAGGGUCCAUACUCUUGGCAACGUCUCUUCGCGCCGCAAUAAGUACCGUUGCGUUCAAGUGCUUUUACGGAGCCAGUUCUCCUCCGCGAGUAUCGUGAUCGAAGCAGUGGAGUACGACGACAUCUGCUCGGACAGCUUACCGUCCUUGAAUUCGACAGCGGCACAGCAUGUGAAAAGCAUGGGUCUCAAGCUUGCCGACGAGCCCUCAGCUCCUACCGAAAUCUCCCUGCUACUUGGAUCCGACUUUUACUGGAAAGCAGUCACCGGCGUAACAGUCCGGUUGUCCGAGUACCUGGUAGCAGCAGAGACGCUCUUCGGGUGA